AUGACCGAAGGAAUGCGUACUGCUUUGUUUCAGGCAGAAAAGGAUGUUCGCAGCCUUCGAGAUACGGAAGCAGCUCAAUUCGCACAACUGUUUUCAGCGAUCGCAAAAUGCAAGCAGUCUUAUGAACGGUCUGUAAAAAUUAUACAACAACUGGAGAAUUUGGGCCAGUGUGCACGCGCCGGCCUCCCCCAACAGUUUGAGUCGAUUGGGCAAGCCGGUCCGCCGACACCAGCAGAAGGUAGCAUGGAAGCACGCCGUCAGGUAAUUCUAUUUCUUAUGGUCAUUUCUGUGACAGAGUAA